GCAUCAACACACACCACUGGUUGCCAUCUUCACCUCCUCCGCCAUUUGGCGUCUGCAUAGACACUCACGCUACCCUUCUCUAAUUGCUAUUCUUUUAAAGUUUUUUCUUUAGCACUGAAGUAUCACUAUUAAGCUCUUUCUGCCCUUGUCUUGUUAACACGCACGCCAUUUGAGCCCUCCUUCGUAUUUCUCGCUAAGACUCGAUCCGCCCAACCAGCGCUGUUCCACAGCGUAGAGUUCCCCCGAGUUCUACCGUGUCCGGGAGUUAAAGGCCGUCGAAAGACGUUUCUUCAAUUCCCUGUGCACCGCGCUUCGCUAUUAUUUCUGUUCUCCACACCGCCUCAUCUGUUGAUCUCCUGUCGCCCGUCUCUGCUCGCCGAGCAGGCCGACCGGACAGCAGCAUGAGCCGUUUUUGCUCUUCUUGGCAGCCGUGGAAGGCACUCGCCAUCGGCGCUCUUCUCCUGUGCUGUGCUCUCGGCCCUCACCUGGCGACCGCCGCGGACGGCAGUACGGCGCCCGCACCCACGCCGGAGUCGGAAACGAUGAAGUUCCUGCAGGCUCUCGUGACGACGGUGCCAGAUCUGGAGAACUACAAACAAGGGGACGACUACUGCAACGGCUGGCAAUUCGUGACAUGCAACGCCGACAACACGGUGGCGGUGAUUCUGACGGGAUUGGCGCUGACGAAGCCGUCGAGCCUGCCGGAUCUCCCCGACGAUGUCGACGGCGCGAAGGUGGCGAUGAAGUCGUUCGCGGCGAACAAGUUGUACAACUCUUUGGUCGGGACGCUGCCACCGAGCUGGGGACGGCUGACGCAGCUGCAGACUCUAUCGGUGGCGGACAGCUACAAUGUGGAGGGCACCCUGCCCGCGGCGUGGAGCGCAAUGAAGGAGAUUAUGUGGAUGACACUGGGCAACAACAAGCUGUCGGGCACCCUGCCAACGGAGUGGAAAGUACUGACUAAGCUGACGCGCCUGGAUCUGAGCUUCAACCAACUGUCGGGCACCCUGCCGACAGAUUGGAAGGAUCUGACGGCGCUGACAAAGCUGUGGCUGGACGAGAACCAACUGUCGGGCACUCUCCCGACAGAUUGGAAGGCUCUGACGGCGCUGACAGAGCUGUGGCUGGACGACAACCAACUGUCGGGCACUCUCCCGACAGAUUGGAAGGCUCUGACGGCGCUGACAGGGCUGUGGCUGAGCAGCAACCAACUGUCGGGCACUCUCCCGACAGAUUGGAAGGCUCUGACGGCGCUGACACAGCUGUUGCUGGGCGACAACCAACUGUCGGGCACUCUCCCGACAGAUUGGAAGGCUCUGACGGCGCUGAUACAGCUGUGGCUGGACAACAACCAACUGUCGGGCACUCUACCCGCAGCGUGGAGCACGAUGACGCAGAUGAGGCGGAUGCAACUGCAGAAAAACAAGUUCUGCGGCUGCGUGCCGAAGGAGUGGAAGGAGAUGACACUGGUGACGCUGACCGUGGAUGACAACGUGGGCGGGGAUACCUGUGCAACGACGAAUGCCUGUCACAUGACGUCCAGCAGCGGCUCCAACAGCAGGUCCGGCAGCAGUUCCAGCCGCGGGAACAGCUCUACGGCGAGCAGCAGUUCCAACGAGUCCACGUGCGUUGUGGUAAAUUGCGUGCUGUGUGCACCCGGCAGCACCACGGAAUGCAGCGUGUGCGACAGCAGUUACAUGCUGACGGAUGACUCUCAAUGCGCCUCUUACUGUGAUGCGGCGCACUGGCAGAGCCUGGGCAGCCCAAAUGGGCGGCUAAUGCUGGCGCUGCUGUGCACUUCUAUGCUGUGGAACCUGAUCUAG